AUUUAGCUUGCGUCACCAGGUAGAAAGGCAGGUGAAGCAAAGCAAGCGGUCAUUGUUUACACCAGUUCUUCGGCGUGUGCUGUCUUUAAAACCUUCUUCCAAACGGAAGUAUAACGGUGCAACAGCAAGAAGAGUAGGAGUUCCAUCAUUUGUUUUGUGGCUUUCAACGAAAGAGCACGACGCUCGUUAGAUUAACGUUAAUUGGAUUUAGUCAUAACGCAUUCCUUCGUUAACACACCACACCCACCAUCGCAGCACAACAGCAGAUGCAGCAGAGUUCCUCGUUUCAGAAGCUACUUGAAAAAGAAGAUGAUUUGAGAUGUCUGUCUUAGACAUAAGCGAAAGACGUGCAUACUUAAAUAGCCCAUAUUUCAAGAAGCACGAGUACAGCGAUUUCACUCCAUUCUACAUAACAGUCUCCAUUUGUACCAUCGUUUUUGUCACGGCCGUUAUCAUCAAUUUGGUCCUGGGCUGCUGCUCCAAACAUUCCGCCUAUUGGAACGACAGAUAUACAGGAAACCGUUAUAUUUUAUCGUUGUGGACAGCAACACCGCAUAAGCAACCACCUUUGGAUUGCACCGAAUUGAACCCUUCUGUUAUACCUACAUCUAUUGUAACUGAAUUACCGAGAAGCACGACAGAGUACAGCGACUUGGAGUUCCCGCAAAGCACGUCGACAAGACCUAUAGAGUAUUUGGAGCUGCAGCACCAGAAGAGCAGAGAGAGCGACAUUUAAGAUGUUCCACGUUUAUU